CUGCGGAGGAAACAGUAAACUGAGUCUGUAGAACCUUGCAUAAGUCAGAUUGUUUAUUAUAGUGAUAAAAAAAAUGAGAGACAAAAGACUCGGCUUACGAUAAAAAAAACCUAAUGUCAAAUUUUGUUGUCUACCUAAUUCUUACAUUACAUAGGACUAAAAUGAAAAUGAUGAAGUUUCAGAAGUAUUCGAAUUUAAAAACGCUACAAAUAAAUGUGGCUAAUUUGCUGUAACAGAGAUUCCGUUUCUACUUUAUGUAUAAAAUUUACCUUUUUUAAUUACACAUUCUUAAAACAUCAAUAUUUGUGAGAGAGAAGUUUUUCAGUUACGGCAAAAGUCUGUAAGAAAACAACCAAAAUACAGUACUUACCAAUUUUAUUUUAAAAUGCGCGGAGUGACGUCGUCCUAUUUUAUUAAAACUCUUAUCACUUGCUGUCAGUGUAAGAAAUAUAAUUUAUAUAAUCGUAGUAGUCAUUAUUCAUCAAAGGCCGCUGACGAUGGCGAUGGGGUGUGGCCGCGGCGCGUGGUUACGGGACUGCAGCCCACGGGGGAGUUGCACAUCGGCAACUACUUCGGCGCCGUGCGCCGCUGUGUGCGCCUGCAGGACCAAGGCGAAGACCUUAUGAUAUUCAUAGCUGACCUGCACGCGCUUACCACACGCCAGGAGCCGGCGCGGCUGCAGGCGCGCGUGCUGGACCUGGCGGCGACGCUGCUGGCGGCGGGGCUGCAGCCCGAGCGCUGCGUGUUGUUCGUGCAGUCGGCCGUGCCGCGCCACGCCGAGCUGUGCUGGCUGCUGGCCUGCCUGGCCACGCAGGCGCGCCUGGCGCACCUGCCCCAGUACAAAGAGAAGGCCGCCACCAUGAAGGAGGUGCCGCUCGGCCUGCUGCUCUACCCCGUCCUGCAGGCGGCGGACGUGUUGCUGUACGGCGGCACGGAGGUGCCGGUGGGCGCGGACCAGGUGCAGCACCUGCAGCUGGCGGCGGCGCUGGCGCGGACCUUCGCGCACCGCUACGGCCGCGCCUUCCCCACGCCGCGCGCGCUGCUCGCAGAUGACGGCAGCGAUCGCUUGCGGAGCCUCCGAGACCCCAAUAAGAAGAUGUCAAAGUCCGACACGGAUCCCAAGUCUCGAAUUCUUCUGACAGACCCUGAUGAUGUUAUCGAGCUUAAAAUAAGAAAAGCAGUCACUGACUUCACGCCACAGGUGACUUUCGACCCGGAGACGAGGCCGGGCGUGUCCAACCUGGUAUCCAUCCACUGCCUGGCCGAGGACAAGCUGCCGGAGGAGGUGGUGCAGGAGGCCGAGGGCCUGAGCACGGCGCAGUACAAGCGCGUGGUGGCGGGCGCCCUGCAGCGCGCGCUGGCGCCCGUGCGCGAGCGCGCCGCCGAGCUGCGCGCGCGCCCCGCCUUCUUGCACGACGUGCUGCGCCACGGCGCCGCGCGCGCGCGCCUCCGCGCCGACCAGGUGUACGAGCGCGCCGCGGCGCUGGCCGGCCUGCGCUAGCGGCCUACAGCAGCGGCGGCGGCAGCGUCCGGUCGCGCAGCAGGGCCAGCAGGUCGCGCAGCAGGUCGACGGCCUGCGCCACGGCCUCGGCCUGCUUCUCGGCGGCCAGCGCGCUGCGCAUGGCGGCCUCGGCCAGCAGCUCCUCGGUGGCGAGGCGCGCGCCGGGCGGCGCGGACGAGUCGCUGCACGCGUCGUCCUCCAGCGCGGGCUUGCGCUCGUCGUCCGACUGGCUGGCGCGCCGUCCGCCGCCCGCCGCUUCGCGACCACUGCUGUUGAAUAUAUUCUGCAAGCGCUCCUCUGCACUGGAGAGAUCUCCCAGCGCUCCGCCUGCAGCCGACUUCUUACGGGCUUUGUAUUUUAUGUCAGCCCAAUACUGGCACCACUUGUCGGGCGACUUGCGCGCUCCGCCGCUGUCGACCGCUGCCGCGUUCAAACGUUCCGCCAGAAGACGCCACAAUUUGCUCGAGCUAAACCGAGAGUAAAUCGAUUGUUUCCCGGCAGCAAAAUCAGGGUGCUCUUCCAUAAACGAUAGCAAUAAAUCUAAUUGUUCCGAACUCACUCUAGAAAACGAGCUUUUACAUUUAGUUAAUUCAGCACUCAUGUCUGUCACACAUAUCUGCAAUAUUUUAUUAAAAGGUACCACUAAUAAUUUCGCGAAUGCAUUUCAUCACAUAGCUUUAAUUGAUAAGAUUGUUUUUAAAAAAUCAGAUAGUUAUGACACAGGACUGACUUGAUAAUGUCAAGUCACAUAGGCAUAUUUAAGUGUAUUUUGUGCACCUUACAACGUUCAGUAUUGUUAUAGUUUUUAAAUCAUGAAUGUAUUUAUUUAAUAAAAUAGAAAACCAACUAAUCUUAAUCACAGUAUGUCCAUAGUAUCACCAUUGAGAUAGAAAUAUAUUUCAUAUGUCAAUGAACAAAAUAAAAACAAAUGUCAGUCAGCAGAACCAU